AUGAGUCUCGGGCUCGCUCCAGGACCCCCGCCCGGCUUGGAAAGGACGAUGAUGAAGAUGGGGAGUCCCAAGGAGGAAGGGAAGAAAAAGCUGCUGAAGCCCCUGAUGGAGAAGCGGCGGCGGGAGCGCAUGAACCGCAGCCUGGCUCGCCUGCGGGUUUUGCUGCUGGAAGCCACGCGCGACGAGAGGCUCCGAAACCCCAAAGUGGAGAAAGCGGAAAUCUUGCAAAAGACGGUGGAAUUCCUCAAGACGCAGCCGCUCCCAGAAGGGGUCACCAAGGAAGAAAAUCUCCUGGAAAGCUACCGCAGUGGCCACCGCCAGUGCCUCGCACAAGCCACCGACUUCCUCCGAGCCAGCCCCGGUCUCUGCCCUGCCCAGAAAGCCUUUUGCGUGGACCGCAUCGGUCACUGCAUGGAGCAACUCGCACCCAGGCCCCAGCCGGAGCUCCCCUGCGCCCCCCUGGCGCCCUCCAACCCCAGAUACGACUCUCAGCCGUGUUACAGCCCCAGCGUCUUCGGCGGGUGCAGCCCGCCUCUGGGGGGACCUGCGUUCCUCUGGGCCCCAGGGCCCACCCCCAGCCCCUCCGGCUCUGGACUGCAGGCCUGCCCACCCAGCCUGGCCCCACUGACGGAGGGCUGCAGCAGCCGAGCCCCACAGAGCAGACUCUCGGAGAGAUGGGGGCCCACAGGACUGAGAGUGUGGAGACCCUGGCCGUAA